CUGCCGCUCACCUGCGCGGGGCAGCCCGCCUCGCCUCGCCUCGCCCUCCGCCCCACCGCCGCCACCAUCGCCGCCACCGUCGCUACAGCCAUGGCCACCGCCGUGCAGGACACUAACACCUUCCUGCUCUCGGCCCUGCAGCCCGAGGCCGGUGUCUGCUCGCUGGCCUUGCCCUCCGACCGGCAGCUGGACGGCCGGGGCCGGGAGGCGGCCGAGGCCCAGCGGCUGCGCAGCGCCCGCGUCCAGGAGCAGGUCCGUAUCCGCAUGAUGCUGCGGGGACAAGCGCCCACCCGCCACGACGUCCCCGACCACGCCGACGGCAGCAGAGGUGGUCAGUACAGCACGACCCUGCGCUCCUCCUUCAGCUCCCGUUCCCAGAGCAAUGGUCUGGACCCCAAAGCCUCGCUCUACCAGCCGCUGGCCAAGAAGGACUUUGGGACACUGAAGGGCAGCAGCUGGUCCUCGCGCUCGGCAGUGGACCUCACCCCGCACAAGCGGAUGGCGACCAUCAGCAACGGAGGCCUGGCCAAGGGCCGGGGCUAUGGCUACGCCAUGUCGCAGGCUGCCAACACCUCACCACGGCCCAGCUCCUUCCACGAGCGCAACUACCGCUCCCGGCAGAACUUGGACACCCUCUCUCUGCGCUCGCUGCGGCUGACCGACGGGCCGCUGUCCCCCGCUGCCACGGCCGACGACCGCUACAGCGUCCUCUCGGAGCAGCUGGACCCCUUGGGCCAUCGUCCCCUCUACAAGAGCCAAGGCAACGGCGGCUUCGCCCGCUCCUACACCUUCGAGAGGCAGCUGAGCGCCGGCUCCGCCACCAAGGCCGCCUCCGACUGGCUGGAGGGCAGCGAGGUGACCCAGAGCCGCACCAUCCGCGCGCCCGCCAUGCGCACGCUCCAGCGCUUCCAGAGCAACAACCGCUCGCGCCUCAGCACCGGCUCCUUCGGCAGCGUCCAGGCGGCCUCCCAGGCGGGCGUCGGGAGCUCCUACAUGGGGAUGGUGGAGCACAGCUCCCGCGCGCCCUCCGUGCGCAGCCUGGCCGAGUCUGGACACCACCUGCAGGACCAGCGUGCCAUGGAGAUGUACAACGGGCACAGCACACUGCUCGGCCACCACGCUGGGGGGUUUGAUGACAUUGACCUGCCCUCUGCAGUGAAAUACCUGAUAGCCAGCGACCCCAACCUGCAGGUCCUGGGUGCUGCCUACCUCCAGCACAAAUGCUACAGCGACAGCAACGCCAAGAAGCAGGCCCGCAGCCUCCAGGCCAUGCCCAAGCUGGUGAAGCUGUUCAACAGCCCCAACCAGGAGGUGCAGCGCCAUGCCACCGGCGCCAUGCGCAACCUCAUCUAUGACAACGCCGAGAACAAGCUGGCACUGGUGGAGGAGAACGGCAUCUACGAGCUGAUGCGGACGCUGCGGGAGCCCGACGACGAGCUCCGCAAGAAUGUCACAGGGAUCCUGUGGAAUCUCUCCUCCAGUGACAAUCUGAAGGAUCGCCUGGCCCGAGACACACUGGAGCAGCUCACGGACCUGGUCCUGGUCCCCCUGUCUGGGCUGGGGGGCUCAGGAGUCAUCCAGCAGAAUCCCUCAGAGGCAGAGAUCUUCUAUAACUCCACAGGCUUCCUCAGGAACCUCAGCUCUGCCAGCCAGCAAACCCGACAGAAGAUGCGUGAGUGCCACGGGCUGGUGGACUCCAUGAUCCAUUACGUGAACAGCUCCCUGGAAGUGGGCAAGUCAGAGGAUAAGAGUGUGGAGAACGCCGUCUGUGUCCUACGCAACCUCUCCUACCGCCUCUACGAUGAGAUGCCCCCCUCCUCCCUCCAGCGCCUGGAAGGCCACAGGAGGAACACCAGUGGGAUGGUGACAGGGGAGCUGGUGGGCUGCUUCAGCCCCCAGAGCAAGAAGGCACGAGAGCACUACCUGAACGCGGACAUUGUCACCUUCACGGAGGUCUCCAAGGACCCCAAGGGUAUGGAGUGGCUCUGGAACCCGCAGAUCGUCGGCAUCUACAACCGGCUGCUGCAGCGCUGCGAGCUCAACAAGCACACGACGGAGGCGGCCUCGGGCGCCUUGCAGAACAUCACUGCCGGGGACCGCAGGUGGGCGGGCGUGCUGAGCCGGCUGGCCCUGGAGCAGGAGCGCAUCCUCAACCCUGUUCUGGACCGCGUCCGCACCGCCGACCACCACCAGCUGCGCUCCCUCACCGGCCUCAUCCGCAACCUCUCCCGCCACGCCCGCAACAAGGACGAGAUGUCAACCAAGGUGGUCAGCCACUUGAUCGAGAAGCUGCCGGGAAGCAUCGGGGACAAGGCACCACCCGCUGAUGUCAUCGUCAACAUCAUCGCAGUCCUCAACAACCUGGUGGUGGAGAGUCCCAUGGCUGCCCGUGACAUCGUCUACUUUGAUGGCCUCAGGAAGCUCUUCUACAUCAAGAAGAGAAGGGACAGCUCGGACCAUGAGAAAUCCUCAAGAGCAGCAGCCAGCCUCCUGGGCAACAUGUGGCAGUACACCAAGCUCCACCGGGACUUCAAGAUGAAGGGGUACCGGAAGGAGGACUUCCUUGGCCUGUGAGGACAACCCCAGGAGCCACCUGCCUGGCCCUGGCUCUCCCUGCUGGGCUGCUCCUCGUGUCCUGGGGAGGCUCCUCACCACCAGACCCCCACCCUGUAGUGUAGUCCCUGCUGUGUCCCUCAUGCCUCCCCCUUCCCCGGGUUGGGGACACUUGUCCUCCCUCCUGCCACAGCCGGUGACAGCUUUUGGCUUUGUCAUGGGGCCCCACUGGGAUCCCAGGUAGA